UUUACUCAAUGUUUCAGUAGCCCAAAGCUGACAAAAUAGCAUUAUCGUUCAGCCAAUGGAAAGCUUGUUCUAGCCGCCAUUUGACCAGCGGGGCACUGAACCGUCCCUGGGCUGACUCGAUAUAAACUGUGAUCAAAGGAGAAUUCUUCAGCUCCGGUGGAGAUUUACGGGGGGUUCCGCUCUCCAGAAAUCCAAUCUGAGCAAUACCAUUAUCCAGGAUGAAGUCCUGUUUCCUGCUGCUGUUCGGUACUCUCUGUGCGGUAAUUCUCUGCACUAAAUCACAAGAAAAUGUAAUCGCUGGAGUUCGGGCGACCCAGUCGACCACCUGCGCGCACUUCGCAGACGCGAGCAACGCCAUCGAUGGAAACAAGGACAGUCGGUUUCGUCACUCUUCCUGCAGCCGUACCAGACGGCAAUCCCGCCCGUGGUGGAGGGUCGAUCUGGUAAAUCAUUACCGCAUUUACGUGGUCAGCAUCACCAGCGCCAGGUCGCGGAGAUACGGUAGGCUCAACGGGGCCGAGAUCCGGAUCGGGGAUUCGCUGCGGUACGAAGGCAACCGGAACACCCUAUGUGCAAGGAUUAACUCCAUGCCCUCCGGACGGACUGUUAAAUUUUACUGCAAACCUGCUGGUGUUCACGGUCGGUACAUAAACAUCUUCCUGCCGAGGCGUCGGAGCUCCCUCACUCUGUGUGAGGUGGAGGCAUUCGGGGUGCACGAGCCCCAUUGAUCCAGCUCAUGAUAAUGAUCCUGCGCUUCCGGCUUGUGCGACCGACCCAGGCGGAUCCCGCUCAGUGUCCUGGGACAUGCCGGUCCAACCCUGCUUCGCGCAGCAGUUUUCACGUUUGCCGACCGGGGAUUCUGUAGCCCAGCCUAGAGUGAAUGUGAGGCGGUUGUUGGCGUGAGGCUGGAGAGACCAGAAAAAACACGACAUCUGGGAACGGGCAGAGAGCGGGCACGGGUACACUCAACGCCUGAGCAGUGCGGGAUAGAGGGAGUCUUGUCUGCCACUGCGCUGCUUGUCCUGCAAUGUUUCGUUGGGAAAGCCGUUGGACUGUCAAACCUCCCGUCCGUCCAGGCCGGGAUCACUCCGAGAUCUUCGCAGCCUUUGUGUCCGACCGAUGUCUGGUGUUCGGGUCACCUCCUGCAGCCUGCGCCGGUCCUCCUUCAUUCUGAGCAUGUGUAUAAUCCCCUUGUCUAAAUAAAACAGCGAAACUG